CUCCACUCUUCCCCAUCUCUUCCCCCAACCCCCCCCUCUGAUCCAUCGAACUCCUGGUUCUUAUGAUAAUAAGCCUGGGAAAUAAUCUUUUUGCACCCACGUAUCCUAUCUUCGCAGCUUCCAUUUUUUCUUACUUUCGAUAGGUUUGAGUAUUAGAGAAUGGAAGAAUUGCCUCACCUUGGUGAUGGUAGUAGUAGCGCUGGCAGCUCAAGGGGGGCUUUCCUAUACCUCCCCUCAUCGGCUGUCGCCACCACCACCACUACAUCAGCUCCUCCGCCGCCGAGGUCAGCCGUGUACGAGCAGAGCUACUACUAUUACCCGACCUCUCAUCCUUACUUCCAUACGCCACCACCUAAGACUGAAGCAGGCUCAUCUCAGUUUCAAACGAGUAGAGUGGAAACACUAAGUCAAGGAGUGAUCUCCCAAAGUGAUAUAGAAGAGAUCAAGGCAAGGAUCAUGUCACACCCUCGGUAUUCCACGCUCCUCGGCGCCUUUGUGGACUGCCAAAAGGUGGGAGCGCCACCAGAGGUGGUGGAGAGGCUCUCAGCCAUAACGCAUGAGCUCGCGUCGCGCCCGAGGUUUCACAGCGGCAGUUAUCCCGAUCCGGAGCUCGACCAGUUCAUGGAGUCAUACUGUGAGAUGCUCAUCAAGUACAGGGAAGAACUAACGAGACCCUUGCAAGAGGCCACAGACUUCCUCAAGAAGAUGGAGUCACAGUUCAAUGCGCUCACCAACACUUCCACUCGAGGCAUCUUUUCCUCUGGUAUACCGAAGGAUGAGAAAUGUGGUGGUGGUGGUGUUGAUUCCUCGACGGAAGAGGAGCAGGACGCCAGUGGGGGAGAGGCCGAGCUUCGGGAGAUCGAUCCGCAUGCGGAGGACAAAGAGCUGAAGCACCACCUUUUGAAGAAGUACGGUAGCUACCUGAGCAGCCUCAGGCAACAGCUAUCCAAGAAGAAGAAGAAAGAGAAGCUGCCAAAGGAUGCCCGCCAGAAGCUGCUCCACUGGUGGGAGCUUCACUAUACAUGGCCGUAUCCAUCUGAAGCCGAGAAGGUGGCCUUGGCAGAAUCUACAGGUCUUGAUCAGAAGCAAAUCAACAACUGGUUUAUAAACCAAAGGAAGAGGCAUUGGAAACCAUCAGCGGACAUGCAAUUUGCUUUGAUGGAUGGCUUCCAUCCUCAGAAUGCUGCUGCUGCGCUAUACACGCAAUGGCAAUCCAUGGGUGAUGGCACAUACCACCUUCAUCCAUGAUGUAUUAACCCAUAAGAAGUUUACGGUGGUGCCGAGGCACGACGUAAUUGCUUAAGAGAUUGUUGUCCUAAAAAUGCAAUGAUUGAUGUUAUUGGCAAUGUAAUGUAAGUAACGAUUUAAUAGUUGUCGUAUAUUCACCAAAAGUUUUUGUUGUGAUUCUAUGGAUUUUUAUACUGUGGGUUUGAGGUGUAGGUAUGUAAUGUAAAGAAGAGUACUUUACUGAAUAAUAAUAGUAAGCUGCAUAAGGUUA